GAGGUCAGGAUACCGUUCAGAAGUUAGUAAAGGUCUCUUCAUGUUACAUUUAUCGUGUUUCAUUGCGGAAAUCUCGCUCUGUACAAGACGAAUGAUGUCUAAAUCURUUCAGCCUAUUGUGAUYUUUGUUCUUGGAGGCCCUGGCGCCGGGAAGGGAACGCAAUGUGAAAAGAUYGUUCAGGAGUUUGGCUAUGUUCAUUUGUCAGCUGGUGAGUUACUUCGUGCUGAGAGAGCUAGUGGUUCAAAAGAUGGAGAUCUUAUAGAGAGUUAUAUUAGGGAUGGAAGAAUUGUUCCAGUUGAAAUUACYAUUGGUCUUUUACAAAAGGCCAUGAAUAAAUGCAGUUCUCAAAAGUUUUUAAUUGAUGGCUUUCCAAGAAAUGAAGAUAAUUUAAUGGGAUGGAAACGGGAAAUGGAUGGAAAAGUUGAUCUUAARGCUGUACUAUUCUUUGAUUGCCCAGAAGAGGAAUGUAUAAAAAGAAUUAUGGAUAGAGGGAAGUCAAGUGGCAGAUCUGAUGACAACUUAGAAAGUUUACGUAAAAGAUUUCAAACAUACAAGAAUUCAACGAUGCCAAUUAUUAAGCACUAUGAAAAUGUAGGCAUUGUCAAGCAUAUCUCUGGGAUCCCUUCUCCUGAUCAG